AUGGAGAUGCGCCCCGUUCUCGUGGCGAUCUGCCUCCUCCUCGUCACCCCCAUCACCGGCUCUUUCUGGACUGUAGGAAGCCAGCUGGUGAUGGAUCCGAUGCUGGUCUGUAAGAAAACAAGACGUCUGAAGGGAAAAUUAGCUGACAUUUGUCGUAAAGAGCCAUCUUUGUUGAAAGAAAUCGCGAAGGGUGUUCAAGUAGGUACUAGGGAAUGUCAAUACCAAUUUCGAAAUCGAAGGUGGAACUGUACGACCGUCAGGAGAUCUCUCAAGAAGAUUCUGCUUCGUGAUACGCGAGAGACAGGUUUCGUGAACGCCAUCACCGCCGCUGGAGUUACUUAUGCGGUUACCAGAGCCUGCACUAUGGGUGACCUCGUGGAAUGUUCCUGCGAUAAGAUGACGUCGAAGGGUAAUCGUCUGGCUAAAUUUGCUCGUACGGUCGAAGCGAAGAAAAGUUUGCCGACGGAAGGAGACUGGGAAUGGGGAGGAUGUGGCGAUAACGUAAACUUUGGUUUUAAAAAAUCCCGGGAAUUCAUGGAUGCACCAUAUCGUAAAAGAAGCGAUAUUAAAACGUUAGUAAAGCUUCAUAAUAACGAUGCCGGUCGUCUGGCUGUACGCAACUUCAUGAGGACCGAAUGCAAAUGCCAUGGGCUGUCUGGCUCCUGUACAGUUCGCACUUGUUGGCGCAAGAUGCCACCGUUUCGGGAAGUUGGCAACCGCCUGAAGGAAUCCUUUGACGGCGCGGCCAAAGUCAUUCCCAGCAACGAUGGCCAUAGUUUCAUUACUGAAGGUCCCACGAUUAAGCCGCCUGGUAGAUUCGACUUGAUCUACAGCGAAGAUUCGCCAGAUUUCUGCAAGCCGAAUAGGAAGACUGGCUCCUUAGGGACGACAAGUCGUCAAUGUAAUUCGACUAGUCCCGGGGUCGAAGGCUGUGAACUCCUUUGCUGCGGUAGAGGCUACGACACUAGAAUCGUCAAGGAGAAGGUCAAUUGUCAGUGUAGGUUCCGGUGGUGUUGCGAGGUCACAUGCAAUACGUGUCUUGUCAAGAAGACUGUCAACACUUGUCGCUAG